GUUCGCGGGAGGUGUUUAUUGAGUACUGAUUGUUAUUGACGGGUAUUGUGAAGAUCGGAACAAUGUUCUUGGAAGCUAUCCUUGCGGGGAUUCUGAUUUACCUGUUGAUUAGUUUAAAUCUCAAGCGAAAAGAAAUGAAGAACAUGGCAGUAUAUUUCUCCGGACCUAAGCCCAAUGCAGUUUUUGGAAACGUGUUGGAGUUCUUCAAUAAGGAUAUACCAGGUAUAUUUGAAACCAUCAUUGAUAUUCACAAGCGUCACGGACCUGAUCUUAUUCUCUGGACUUUGGGGAACCUAAGCGUAAUCGAUGUUUGCAGUGCCAAAAAUGUCGAGAAAGUGUUGAUGGCUAAACAAACCGAAAAGUCACUGCUGUAUUCAUUUGUGGAGCCCUGGCUUGGUUUUGGAUUGUUGAUUUCCAGUGGAGAAAAAUGGUUCCAACGAAGAAAAAUUAUCACUCCGACGUUUCAUUUCAAAAUUUUGGAACAAUUCGUGACUGUUUUUAACAAAGAAUCAGAUAUUAUGGUAGAUAAUCUGAAGAAGCAUGUCGGCGGGAAAGAGUUUGAUAUAUAUGAUUAUGUGACAUUGAUGGCGUUGGACAGUAUAUGCGAAACAUCGAUGGGAACUUCCGUUAAUGCGCAGAAAGAUCCGAACAAUAAAUAUGUUCGAAAUGUUAAAAGAAUGUCUGUUUUGAUUCUUCUUCGAAUAGUCAGCAUAUUAGCCGGAUUUCCAACAUUAUACACACUGUUUCACCCAAAUGCAUAUGAACAACGGGGAAUAAUCAAACAGCUUCAUCAAUUUACCGAUUCCAUUAUUAAAUUACGAAGAAAACAGUUGGCACAAGAUAAGCAGAACAAAGUUGAGUUCGACAUGAACGAGGAAAAUUUGUAUUCCAAGAGAAAAUUGACUUUCCUGGAUUUGUUACUAAAUAUAAACGUGCAGGGUGAACCGUUCUCUGACCUUGACAUUCGAGAGGAAGUUGAUACAUUCAUGUUUGAAGGUCAUGAUACGACUACGAGUGGAAUUUCAUUUACCAUCUACUUAUUGGCUUUGAAUCAGAAUGUUCAGGAUCGCGUUUUUAAUGAAAUUGUAUCCGUACUUGGGAGCAAUCCAGAAACCACUGACCUUAGAUGUGCGAUUCUACAGGAAUUUCGUUACUUAGAAACAGUGAUAAAAGAGGCAAUGCGCUUGUUUCCACCUGUACCAUUCAUAGGCAGAAAGUUGGUGGAAGAUUUGGAAAUGAACGGUACGAUUGUUAAAGCUGGACAAGAUUUCCUCAUUCCAAUCUAUGUGAUCCAUCGGAAUCCCAAGGUAUAUCCCGAUCCGGAACUAUUCGAUCCUGACCGGUUCUCUGAUGCCACUGAAUCUAAACGAGGUCCCUACGACUACAUUCCAUUCAGUGUGGGAUCACGGAAUUGUAUCGGUCAACGGUACGCGAUGCUAGAAAUGAAAACCACACUGAUUAAACUUAUCUUCAAUUAUAAAAUUCUGCCCGGUGAGUCGCUGCCAAAACUCCGUGUCAAAACUGAUCUCGUACUACGACCCGAUAAGGGACUUCCAGUGAAGCUCCUCGCUAGGAGAUAGAGAGAAGUUAGCAAAGCAAAGACUAUGCACACUUUAUUGAAAUGGAAUACAUUCACGAAGAAUAAGUUCAGAUCAAAUUGAGGUUUUUGUUCGGUUAUAUAGGUCUCUUAAGGUUAUUCAAAAUUAGUGUUAUUUGAGAACGCGAAAAAAAAUUGUUUCAAUCCCUAAAAAUGAAAUUUGUUUUCAGUGUCUUUCGUUUGGC